UGUGUGUUCGCUUUUUCUUCCAUCAUUGAACUGCAAACAAUGGAAAGUUCAUGGCUUUUUCCAGCUCCCUUACAUAGUCGCUUUGCCCUUUUUCUCUGCUUUCCUUCCUUUUCCGUUUUCUCCAUCUAUUUCCAUCUCUAUCGAUCAAUUCGUAUAUCUGUUUCUCUAUAAGUCUGUGAUUGGAUUAAGUGAAAAGUGUAGGAAAAGACAAGGAAGAAAGUGAUCGAAAGUGAUCAAAGCUGUUCCUGGAUGGCCUUUGAUUGGGAAUUUGCUUCAGUUGAAGGCUAAGAAACCUCAUCAGACAUUUGCUAAGUGGGCAGAAGUUUAUGGACCAAUAUAUUCAAUCAAAUUGGGAUCUAACAUGAUGGUGGUCUUGAAUUCCAUUGAAGUUGUUAAAGAGGCCAUGGUAACUAAGUUCUCAUCCAUAUCAACAAGGAAGCUCUCGAAAGCAUUGCAAGUGCUUACAUCCAAUAAAUCUCUAGUUGCCAUGAGUGACUAUGAUGAGUACCACAAAAUGGUUAAGCGUUAUGUACUUGCUAGUGUUUUAGGGACUGCAGCUCAGAAACGAAAUCGUAUUCACAGAGAUAUCAUGGUAGAGAAUACCUUAAAUACAUUGUUUGCUGAGAUCAAGGAAGACCCUAACCGUGCUGUGAACCUCAGAGAAGCAUUCAAGCCUGAGCUUUUCAGGGUAGCCAUAAAACAAGCUAUUGGCAAGGACAUCGAUUCCAUUUAUGUGGAGGAAUUGGGGAAGGAAAUAUCGAAGAAAGAAAUGUUUGAAAUAUCAGUAGUCGACCCAAUGAUGGGAGCAAUUGAGGUUGAUUGGAGGGAUUUCUUCCCAUAUAUGAAAUGGGUUCCUAACAAAAGCAUGGAAAUGAAAAUUCAAAACAUGGCAACUCGCCGAAGGGCAUUGACAAAGGCCCUCAUCAUGGAGCAAAAGAAACGCAUUUCCCGGGGAGAGAAUAUUGAAUGCUAUCUAGACUACCUAUUGUCGGAGGAGAGCACACUGAGUGAGGAACAACUAAUAAUAUUGGUAUGGGAAUCGAUAAUUGAAACCUCUGAUACAACUUUGGUCACUACUGAAUGGGCUUUGUAUGAACUAGCUAAGAAUCCAUUGUGUCAGGAUCGUCUUUAUCAAGAAAUCCAAGAGAUAUGUGGAUCUGAGAAGAUCACUGAAGAACAUUUGUCACUGAUGCCAUACUUGAAUUCCGUAUUUCAUGAAACCUUGCGAUACCAUACUCCUGUUCCUUUGAUUCCUCCUAGAAUUACACAUGAGGACACUCAACUAGGAGGAUAUGACAUACCAUCUGGAACAGAGAUUGCCAUCAACUUAUAUGCAUGCAACAUGAGUAAAAAUGUCUGGGAUGAACCUAAUAAAUGGAAGCCGGAGAGAUUCCUAUCAGGUAACUUCGAGCAAAUGGAUAUGUACAAGACAAUGGCCUUUGGAGCUGGGAAGAGGGUGUGUGCAGGAUCAUUGCAGGCAAUGCUAAUUGCUUGCAGAGUCAUUGGAAGACUAGUGCAGGAAUUCCACUGGAGACUGAAAGAAGGCGAAGAAGAGAGUAUGGACACAGUUCAACUCACUACUCACAAACUUCAUCCCAUGCAAGCUUAUAUUACACCUAGAGAAACGAAUGUUUCGGCACACCAAUCUACCCAGCUAGCAUGAAAUUAGCAUCAAUGCUUCAUCUGUGUUCUUUCUGCUUUUCCAUAUGUUGCUUUUGUGAUUUCUCUUUGUAUCAUGCAAAACUGUCACUGUUUUGUGCUAGCUUUGUAUGAAUUUACUUCUUGUCAAAUAAAUAGAUGUGCAAAUUGCUCUUUGAAUUCUCAA